UUUGACAAAGCUAGACUGUUAGCUCUCUCCCCUCAUAUGCUGACUUAUAACUCGGGAAAUCGGCUGCAGUCUAGAAGCUAAUUUAGACUCAUGAGUAAGCAAUUCAAAACUGUUUGCUGAUCUGUAGGAGGAUCAUAGACUAGGAGAGAUUCUCUCGUAUUUGUGCCUAAUAUCAGAUAAUAUUACGUGGAUUCAUCUCUCUCUACAGUGGGAGUGUUUUCAUGCACCAUUAGCCUUACAGAUUUUUUUUUAUUUUUUGCGCUUUUGUCACAGUGCGACCACCUGCGCUUGAAAACCCCGGCGAAGGCGGUGGCUGUCCAGGCGUGCGGAGCUGAAAAAAAAAAAAACAUACAAGGAGCUAAGACUCUGAGCAUCUGUGCAGCUUCUCCCCGAAAAACCCUCGCAGCACCCCCCCACGCCUGGAAGGCAUGUCGACCGCCGGGGAAGUGCCAGCCUUCUUCAAGAGUAUGGGCUCUGACAGCCCCGCCAGGCCGAGGCAGAAAUUCUGUGGCAUGUUCUGCCCGGUGGAAGGCUCCUCGGACAGCAAGACGCUCGACUUUGAUGCGCUCUCGAUGUGCAGGGGCAAGAGUGACGGGCGAGUCAUUGACCGGCAGACCGACAUCUCCCAGCCGAGGAAGGUGGAGAUAAGGGAGAGCACAGGGAAGGAAGCUCUACAGAAUCUGGAUGAUAAAAGGAGCGACCGUCUCCUGAUCAAAGGAGGGAAGAUCGUGAACGAUGACCAGUCCUUCUGUGCUGACAUCUAUAUGGAGGAUGGAGUCAUCAAACAAAUUGGGGAAAAUCUCAUCGUACCCGGCGGGGUAAAAACCAUCGAUGCCCACGGGCGCAUGUUGAUGCCGGGCGGCAUCGACGUGCACACACGUUUCCAGAUGCCUGAUCGAGGCAUGACGUCUGCCGAUGACUUCUACCAGGGCACCAAGGCCGCGCUGGCUGGAGGCACCACCAUGAUCAUUGACCACGUGGUUCCCGAGCCUGGCGUCAGCCUCAUCUCGGCCUUCGAGCAGUGGCGCGAAUGGGCCGACAGCAAGUCCUGCUGCGACUACUCGCUGCACGUUGACAUCACCGAGUGGCACAGGGGCAUCCAGGAAGAGAUGGAGGCACUCGUGAAGGAUCACGGUGUCAACUCUUUCCUCGUCUACUUGGCUUACAAGGAUAUUUUCCAGCUGACUGACGCUCAGGUGUAUGAGGUGUUCAGCGUGAUCCGCGAUCUGGGAGCCAUCGCCCAGGUGCACGCUGAGAAUGGAGACAUUGUAGCUGAGGAGCAGCGCAGGAUCCUGGAGCAGGGGAUCACUGGGCCUGAAGGACAUGUGUUGAGCCGUCCUGAGGAGGUGGAGGCGGAGGCUGUAAACCGCUCUGUGACGGUGGCCAAUCAGACCAACUGCCCUCUCUAUGUCACCAAGGUGAUGAGCAAGAGUGCUGCUGAUGUCAUUGCUCAGGCCAGGAAGAAGGGCACUGUGGUCUAUGGAGAGCCAAUCACUGCAAGCCUGGGAACAGAUGGUUCUCACUAUUGGAGCAAGAACUGGGCCAAAGCCGCUGCCUACGUCACCUCACCUCCCCUGAGCCCCGACCCGACCACACCAGACUAUCUCAACUCCCUGCUGUCCUGUGGUGACCUGCAGGUGACAGGAAGUGCACACUGUCCCUUCAACACUGCCCAGCGUGCUGUAGGCAAAGAUGACUUCAGCUUGAUUCCUGAAGGUGUCAAUGGCACUGAGGAGAGGAUGUCUAUCAUCUGGGACAAGUGUGUGGUGACGGGUAAGAUGGACGAAAACCAGUUUGUGGCAGUGACCAGCACCAACGCCGCCAAGAUCUACAACCUGUACCCGCGUAAGGGUCGUAUCGCUGUGGGUUCUGACGCUGACCUGGUGCUGUGGGACCCAGACUUCACGAAGAUCAUCUCUGCCAAGAGCCACAACUCGACUGUGGAGUACAACAUCUUUGAAGGCACAGAGGUGCGCGGCGGGCCUCUGGUGGUGAUCAGCCAGGGCAAGAUCGUCUUGGAGGAAGGGAACCUCCACACCACCGAGGGCUCGGGACGCUACGUGGCCCGAAAACCUUUCCCUGACUACGUCUACAAGAGGAUAAAAGCACGGAGCAGGCUGGCUGAGCUGAGGGGUGUACCCAGAGGACUGUAUGACGGUCCGGUCUGCGAGGUGUCAGUCACACCUAAAACCAUGACUCCUGCUUCCUCUGCCAAGACCUCACCUGCCAAGCAACCCAACCAGCCCGUCCGUAACCUGCAUCAGUCUGGAUUCAGCCUAUCUGGCGCUCAGGUUGACGACAACAUUCCUCGCCGGAACACCCAGCGCAUCGUGGCGCCACCAGGUGGCAGGGCCAACAUCACCAGCCUGGGUUAGAGCUCCGCCCUCGGCCGCCGAGGAGGAAAUGAAGAUCUGAGGAAGGACGGCUGACAGGAGCUUCGGGGUAGAGAAAACCACGUCACGACACCCUGAGCCGAACCCUUCACAGCACCUGACCGGGCCAUCCGUCAGCCUCGAUCUUUCACCUCCUCCUUUGCCGCUUUUCCCACGUACCCACUCUCCUCCCCCCCAAACCCUGAUCCUAGAGGACACAGUUAGAAACAAAAACAAAAAAAGGUCUGCCUCAUAUGAUGAAAAAAAGAGAAAAAAAUGAAAACACUCCUUAUUUGAGCACUUUUGACUGCAUUAUUUUGUUUUUUUAUAUCGUACUUUCCCUGCCAUGUAUCCUUUUGAUGUUUGUUUUACUGUUGUUUUAAUAGAGGGGUCAAGUGAGACUAAACUGAAUUGGUACAAUUGAGAAAAGAUAAUUUUCAUGCCGGAUGUCCAUUGUAUCUUCAUUUUGGGAGUAGUUCAAAUAGAGCAUGGGUACAAAACCAGUAUUGUUAUUCUUGCUUUUCUUAAAUAGGCCAAAAAAGUAGGUUGAUUUGAAAUUGAACAGUCUUACAGUUUAUUCAGCCGACAAGAAUCUAAUACUUCCUUCAAGCUGUUGACUAUCUGUGAUUUAUAUUAGGUUGCAUUUCAGUUGGGUCACUGUCCAUUGCAUCGCCAUCUGUCAAACUGAUACUGUCAAUAUCUAAUUGAGUUUUCGCCAUGAGGACGGCCUUAAAAUUUGAAAAAUGUAACAAUCUUUUAUUGGGUUGUAGACUCUCCCUGCACUGGCUCUCGUCUCAUGUUUUCCCACCUGUGGCUUUGCUGAGGUUACAUAAGUAAAAAAAAAAACAUAGUCCAUAUUUGGCAGCUGCCUUACAGCUUGUGAGUCUUGUGGAGCAGAAGGAACUUUGGCAGGUAGUAAAUAGGGCUUUAUGCCUCAUCUCUGAGCAUUAGGCCAUCGUUAAGUGGGAGAAUUGAAGAGAGGAUUGAGGGAGGAAAGAGAAAGUUGUACUCGCUGUCACUUCAAACUAAACCUUUCCUUGCCUUAUUGUCUCUUAAUGCCGUCCUUUUUAGAGAAGUUUUAAGACGUGCAGGGAAGGUGCCAUUCACUACGCAGCUACAUAUUUUCCAGCUUGUUUGCAUUCCUGUGAAUCAUAAAGGUCCAAAGUUCUGAUGGACAGCUGUUGAAGCACCUGAUGACCGUCCAUCACCAACCAGUGCAUUUACAUACAGAAUGUUUCUCCUCCAAAUGUGACUGUUUUAUACUCAUCAGAAUCCCUCUUUCCUUUCUACUCUUUAUGUGCCUGAACCCGCAAAAGUUGUACUGAUAGUUUGAAUUUUUCUCGUUUUGUUAUUCUUAUUGAGGUAAGUGAAGGAUGUAAGAUAAAAAGAUGUAAAAUAGCCAGGAUUAACCGAUUCAAAGGUGCCAGAUUUUGCGCUUUCGUAGGGCCUAUUCUGUCGGUAGAGCCCCUGUAAAGACGAAAAAUGCUCGAUAUCUUGAAAUGUUCUAAUGUUUUAGAGUUUUUAACUUGUUGUCAAACUGCUUUUUAGUGUCAUUCUGUAACUAGGUGCCUAAGGGCUGAGCACUAUUGAUUUACGCUUGAAAGUAGACAUGAGCUAAUGUACUUCUGACUAGUGUGCAGUGUUGAUAUGUGAGGGAUGGGACACGCACAGCAGGCUCCUGUACAGCACUCCUCACUGUUGUGAAUGUGACGUUGCUCCGGGCUGUGCUGAGCGCUCAAAAGUUCUUGUUCCUUUUUUUUUUUUUUUUUUGCAUGAUCUGGUUUUCAUUAAGCCAAGCAACUGUUUUCCUGUGUUAGCUCUUGUGUCAAUGAAAGCCUUGGUCACCAGUCACCAUCUUCCUGCAGCCUUUUUCUUCCCCCGUGACUCGACACGGAGCAACAAGCUCACGCUGACAUAGCCAGGGGCCAGUUACAUAAAUGUAGAUUAAGACUAGAUUAAAUCUCGUCUAUGCUGGUCUUAAAUUCCUUUAGUCUGCUGACGACUGCUGCAUAGACCUACUUGUCGCUAUAGCAACACCUGAAAGAUAGCUUUAGCUUUAGUUAGCUAUUGGACACAAGUCAGUGUCACAAGUCUUUGGUUUGUCAUUUGAUGAAGUCAUUUGAAGUCUGGCUUAAAAGUACGGACUUAAAUUUGAAUUAGUCUUUAUGCAACCGGUCCCUGACUCACUCACACCUAUACAUACAUACAUACAUACAUACAUACAUACAUACAUACAUACAUACAUACAUACAUACACAAUGUAGAUAUACACACUGACACCACCUCUGUGUUUGUGCUUUCAACCCCAGUUCCUUAUAUCUGACUGGAAGCCUAUAGAAGGCAAAGUCUGUCAGCGUUACGAAUGGUGUAUGUAUUUAAAGAAUCCAAAGCAGGGGGAUGAAGCAAAUGCAUGUCCCUGAAGCGUUCAAAGAUUAGACAAGAUAGGAAUGGGAAAUGGAAACUUGAUCUCCACGGCAACCUACACAUCACACAACAACGUUUUUGUAAGUCAGGAGUGUGGAAUUCUACCCCCUCAGACUAAUUAACAUUGUAUUGAUAUUUGUAGCCUAUUUGAGGUCCACUCUCUUCUUAUAAACACACCACUAUAUUACUACACUACUACACUAAGGGAUUGUGGGUGAAGAUAUGGGAGGUGAAAUCCUCAAACAUUAUACAGUUUGGCUCUCGUGAGAGUAAUAGUGUGCUUCUUGUAUUUUUGUAUUUUCCAUGUCACUCCUUCCUUUCAGUUAGUCUCUGUCUGUAUUUCUCCUCCUUUCAUUCUCCCCUUCCUUUCAUUCUCCCUCCCUGGCUCUUUCGUUGUUUCUGGCUGUUGCCGUGGCGACAGACCCCUCCACUCUCAUGGGUUUCUGCUUUUUGUUUGUCAUGGCAACGCUUGUCAGAUUGGAGGUUGCCAUUGGCAACCCGUCCUGACCUGGUGCUAUUAGAACAGCUUUGCGCCUGCACACACACACACACACACACACACACACACACACACACACACACACACACACACACACACACACACACACACACGUUUUUAUAAUUAUUCUGUGACAGUGCUUCACCAUUUCUACAUAAUCCUGUGCUGAGUUGCGUGGAAUCCAGAAUCCUUUGCUGCUUAAAAAGAAUCUAUUAGAGUUGAAAGCACACUGCAGACUAUAGUUGAAACACACACUCUCUCUCUUUCUCUCUCUCUCACUCACUCACUCACUCACUCACACACACACACACACACACACACACACACACACACACACACACACACACACACACACAGACACAGACACACACACCAAACAGCCGUUGCCAUGAUGCAGCACCCAUGCUUGAAGAAUUGACUUGGAUAUUAAAAACCAGCUGCCAACGCUGACACCCCUGCCGUGUCCCAUGCCUCCUCGAUUGACACACACUAAAACACACACCUAUACUCCUUUAAUGCUCUGUCAGCUUGGAUGCUUUUCUAUGCCAUAUUAUGCUAAUGAUAUAUGAGUGAUAUGUAUGUACGCAACGUGGUGCAGACUGAGAGGAGCUUCCUUCCCGUUCUGAGAUUGUUGAUGCUGUUGAACACCUUCUUGCCCCUGAACCCUUUCGUCCCCCUCUGUAAGCCUUUCCCCUUUGUGAAAGUGAAACUGUGUGAUGGUAUUUGUCUUGGUGGCAGUGGGGUUUCUGGGAUGCUUGCUCACUAUGGAAAAGUGUCAAUCCCAUAGAUGGUGAUGUAAAAAAAACAAAAAAAAAAACAACAACAACGAGGACUUCAAAGAAUUAAAAAAAAAGGAAAAAGAAAUAAAAUCUCUGUUUCUUUUG